AUGCGUGUCAUUGCUCUUGCUGCUGCUGCGUUGGCCUUUGGCAUGCCCAUUUCCGCCGGUGUUUGCGCGGCAUUUGGUGACCCGUUCUUUGCCCUGUUUAAGGUGUUUGAGGAGGAGAGGGACAACGAAAACUAUUCUCAACAAGCCUGA